AUGAAUUCAAAUCCCAAAUCAGUGGAAAAUCGGUUUGAAAAUUCAGCAAAAAUACCAUCAAAAACUUUGCGAGCUGAAGAAAUCGAUCAAACUACCGACUCCACCGAGGAGCCACACACGAGGGGUGGGAAUCUGGUGCUUUUGAUGUACCGUGCAACUGGUUCUCCUGAGGCUUUGAUUGGUCAAUGGGUUAUGACUGACACGAGAUUGGAAGGUACGAGUACAGUAGCUUUUGCCCUGAAAAGCCCAUAUCAAAAUUACGGAGUCCUCCAAAGCCCAACACAACUACAACUGUGCGCCGCUAUUUCAUACAACGUCGUCCCCUCCUCUUCACACCUCGGUGCACCAAACUCUCCGGGCAACCUUUUAUCUUCUUCGUCUCGCUUCGAGCCCUUUUUUCUCUCAAAGACGCCAUAUUUUCUUCUCUCUGCAACCAUGAAGCCAAGAACACCUCGCAAUUUCCAGAUCUUCGUGCAGUCCCCAGAUCUCCAAAUCCCCUCCCGCGCCCUGAUUUUCCAAAAUCCAAACCCUAAUCUCACCCUCCGCCACAUCAAAUCAUCCCUUUUCCCUUCAAAUCCGAUCCCCCACGGGUCGCUUUUCUUCACCCUGAAUGGCAAACCGCUUCCCGAUUCCACUCCCGUCCAUUCCGCAGUCGCCCCUCUCUCCACCCUCACCCUCCACGCCCGCCUCCGCGGCGGCGGCGGAGAUGGCGGCGCCACGGGCGCGGAGUCCCGCGACUGCUACCUGAACAUGUACGCCGUGAAGAAGCCCGACAAGGUCGACCCGAACGAGAUGCGCCUCUCCAAGUGGCUCAACUGCAGCUUGUCCAACGAGCCUCUGAGGCACCCUGUCGUCCUCGAUAAGCUCGGGAAUCUCUUCAACAAAGAGGCUCUGGUCGAGGCCUUGCUGAAGAAGAAUUUGCCUAAGGAGUUUUGGUACAUCAAGGGCCUGAAAGAUAUGAUCCCCGUCGAGCUGGCCGAGAUCUCAGGAGCUAAGGGAAUUGGGACAAUCAAAUUCCAGUGCCCGAUUACGGGUCUUGAGUUUAACGGUAAGUAUAAAUUCUACGCCAUCAAAAGCUGUGGGCACGUGCUGAGCGCAAAGGGUUUCAAGGAGGUGAAGUCCUCGUCUUGCUUGAUCUGUCACAAGGAGUUUGUUGAGAGUGAUAAGAUUGUCAUUAAUGGGACAGAAGAGGAGGUUAAGGAGCUUUGGGAAAAACUGAAGGAGGAAAAGGCCAAAGCUAAAGAUAAUGGGAAAAAAGUGAAGAAGCUCAAGAAUGGAGAAGAUACUGGGAGGUUGACUGGAUUGAAACACGGUAUUGAGGGUAACGGGAAAAACGGCGACACAAAAGGCUCCGCAAAGAAGUUUAAGGCGAUGGAUACAGUUCCAGCUAACGCCACCAAAUCCGUUUAUGCUUCCAUUUUUACUUCGUCGAAAAAGUCGGACUUCAAGGAGACAUACUCUUGCAGGUCUUUGCCUUUAGGUCGAAACUGA